AAAGGAAAAUUCACCAGCAUCAGUGACUGAUGGAUGGAUGAAGCCCUGCCUGGGCAACUUUUCUGACAAUGCUGUAGUCAGAGAUACAAGGACAUCUCCUCCAGAACUGCCAACGAACCAGGAAUCUGCUUUGAGACCUUUAACAAUGCAAAACAGCACAAGAGUGCAGCUGAAGCAUCUGGGCGGUCCAAACCUCAUAUACGUCAAACCCAAGGACAAAACAAAAGACUCUGGUAAAAAACAACCAUGCCACCACAACUCCAGUUCCUUAGUGGCCACCAACACACCAAGCCCUGAGGAAACUGUGAGCAAAAACACCCACAUUCACAAACCCAGAGCACACUCUCUAGGUGUUCUGAAUGUGCGCAAACCCAGAGCAUGCGCUCUAGGGGCUGCGUUUAAAAAAACAUGGACUAAAAGCUUCUGCGAUGCUGAGGUAUUGCAAUCACACAACCAGCACUCUAGUUCCUCAGCGGCCACCACCACACCAAGCCCUGAAGAAACUGUGAGCGAAAAUGCUCACAUUCACAAACCCGGAGCAUGCGCUCUAGGGGUUGUGAAUAAAAAACGAAGAACUGACAAACCAUUCUCCCAAAACCAUAAGCUUGUCACAGCUCCCCCAUAUUCUAGUAGUUGGGAAGGGGUUGAGGCUUCCCUCAGAAAAGUGGUGGAGGAUGUAUCCUUGGGUAGUCUAAAAGAACGGGAUUCUAGAAAGAAAUGGGAAAAAUAUGAUGCUUGGUUCAGAGCCAUGCUGAAAAACAUAAGGGCUGGAAAGGGUGGUUCUGAGCAGGCAUGA